UUGAAAGGUAAGUAGGUAACACAAGUCACAAGCUCGGAGCUUCCUAGUAAGUGGCACUAUUUCACCCACACACAUUGAUCACAGUCUAAUUAAAUACCCAACAAUUUUCCACAAUUUCUCUACACCAUCAUUUAUUUAUUUCCUCAAAUACUUCUUGAUUUCUUGAUUUAUUUUUAAUACACAUAAUCAAGAGAAUGGGUAUUCACUUACACAUUGGUGUACUAGCAUUCCCUUUCGGCACACACGCCGCCCCUCUACUCGCCCUGGUGGAGAGGCUGGCUGCAGCCUCUCCACCGGGCACUAGAUUUUCUUUCUUCAACAGCGCGAUUUCUAAUAGCACGAUUUUUCCAGAGAGCGAAUCGGACGCUAAUAAGAACAUAAAGGCGUACGAUGUGUUCGAUGGGACCCCCGAGGGCGAGGUUUUCCGUGGGACCCACUUCGAGGCCGUUGGGUUGUUCAUCAAAGCCUCGCCCGGUAAUUUCGAAAACGCCAUUGAAGUGGCAGAAGUCGACGCUGGUCUGAAAAUCAGCUGCUUGAUAACCGAUGCGUUUUUGUGGUUUGCAUGCGAUUUGGCUGAAAAAAGAGGAGUGCCAUGGGUACCCUUUUGGACUGCUGCUUCUUGUUCCCUCUCUGCCCAUGCUUACACUGACGAAAUUUUGAAAGCAGUUGAAGGGUUAAAAGAAAAAGCAGAUCAAGAACAAACGUUGACAUUUAUCCCAGGAUUGUCAAAGGUACACUUCACCGAUCUCCCGCCAGAAAUUUUCCUGGACCAAAAUCCAACGCCACUUGCAAUAACAAUCAACAACAUGGUCCAAAAUCUCCCGAGAUCAACCGCCGUUGUCUUAAAUUCCUUCGAAGAAAUCGACCCCUUGAUCACAAAAGACCUGAAAUCCAAAUUCCAACAUUUUCUCAACGUGGGUCCCUCGCUUCUCUCGACCACCACCGCCUCACCGAGCCCCGAUAAUGACAAAACAGGAUGCCUUUCAUGGCUGGAAACACAAACCAGGCCCAAAUCAGUUGUCUACAUCAGCUUCGGUACAGUAAUUACACCGCCUGAAAACGAACUGGCGGCACUGGCGGAAGCCCUGGAAACCUGUAAAUUCCCAUUUCUAUGGUCUUUAACUAACCAGGCGAAGAAAUUAUUGCCUGAUGGAUUUAUCGAGCGAACAGGCGAAUAUGGGAAGAUGGUCUCGUGGGCCCCACAGGCGCGGGUUCUCGAGCAUGGUAGUGUGGGGGUGUUUGUGACACACUGCGGGUGGAAUUCGGUCCUGGAAAGUGUUUCCAGGGGGGUGCCGUUGAUCUGCAGGCCGUUUUUCGGGGACCAGAAGGUAAAUAGCAGAAUGGUGGAGGACACCUGGAAAAUUGGAGUGAGAGUUGAAGGAGGGGUGUUCGAUAAAACUUCGACAGUUGAGGCGCUGCGUUGUGUGAUGACGGGUGAGGCGGGAGAGGCGAUUAGGGAGAAUGUUUGUCGGUUGAAGGAGAAAGCUGCGGGAGCAGUUGGAUUGGAGGGGAGUUCGUCGAAGAAUUUUACGAAAUUGUUGGAAAUAAUUAGUGUCCAGAAAUAAAUGAAUAAAAAAGUUAAUCCGUGGAGAAUAAACUAUGUAGUUGGUUGAUGGGUUUAGCUUCAUACUCUGUUCCUACUAUGGUAGAUUCAUGAACUAGAUUUCUGUGUGUUAAAAACACCUGCAUAAAUUGAAAUAGGAUCGAAUAAUCUUUCAGUUUCCAUUUUCGGACAAAUAAAUCAAUCCAUUUGAUUA